GUAGAGGGAAGUCUGCAGGACAGAGACAUCCUCCAGGAUUUGAAAAUCCAGAGGCAGCUACUCUUGUGCGCUGGAAAGGGCUCUGAGCACCUCCAGUCCUUCUCACCUUCUGAGGCUCAAGCCAGAAGCUCAGGGUGCUUGCUGGUGCCCUCAGGACUUUCUGUCCAUCUUCUCUCUGCUCCCCAGUAUGACAGAAGAUGACAAUUUCAGCAUGUACUAUGGGGCUGACAACCAGUCUGAGUGUGAGUAUACAGACUGGAAGUCCUCAGGGGCUCUCAUCCCUGCCAUCUACAUGCUGGUCUUCCUCCUGGGCACUACAGGCAAUGGCCUGGUGCUCUGGACUGUGUUUCAGAGCAGCCGGGAGAAGAGGCGCUCAGCUGACAUCUUCAUUGCCAGCCUGGCAGUGGCUGACCUGACCUUCGUGGUGACCCUGCCACUUUGGGCCACCUACACAUACCGGGAAUAUGACUGGCCCUUUGGUACCUUCUCCUGCAAGCUUAGCAGCUAUCUCAUCUUUGUCAACAUGUAUGCCAGUGUUUUCUGCCUCACUGGGCUCAGUUUUGACCGCUACCUGGCCAUUGUGAGGCCAGUGGCCAAUGCUCGGCUGAGGCUGCGGGUCAGUGGGGCCGUGGCCACGGCAGUUCUAUGGGUGCUAGCUGCCCUCCUGGCUGUGCCUGUCAUGGUGUUCCGUACCACUGGGAACAUGGAGAAUAACACCAACGUGCAGUGCUACAUGGACUACUCCAUGGUGGCCACCUCGAGCUCAGAGUGGGCCUGGGAGGUGGGCCUGGGGAUCUCAUCCACUGCUGUGGGUUUCGUGGUACCCUUCGUCAUUAUGCUGACCUGUUACUUCUUCAUCGCCCAAACCAUUGCUGGCCAUUUCCGCAAGGAGCGCAUCGAGGGCUUGCGGAAGCGGCGCCGGCUGCUCAGCAUCAUCGUGGUGCUUGUGGUGACCUUCGCGCUGUGCUGGAUGCCCUACCACCUGGUGAAGACCCUCUACAUGCUGGGCAGCUUUCUGCACUGGCCCUGUGACUUUGACAGCUUCCUCAUGAAUGUCUACCCCUACUGCACCUGCAUCAGCUACGUGAACAGCUGCCUCAACCCUUUCCUCUAUGCCUUCUUUGACCCCCGCUUCCGCAAGGUUUGCACGUCCAUGCUCUGCUGUGAUGGGGGCAGCUCCCACAGCAGCAGUGGGGAGAAGUCAGCCAGCUACUCUUCGGGGCACAGCCAGGGGCCUGGUCCCAACAUGGGAAAGGGUGGAGAGCAGACACAUGAGAAAUCCAUCCCCUACAGCCAAGAGACACUUGUUGACUAAGGGCUAGGACCAGAGAGAAGCCUUGUGUCCUGGCUGUGCCCCUUGCUUUCUAAGAAUCAGGUAGUGUGGCUGCACCUCCGCUCUCACAGGUUCCCUGCCUCCUGGCUCUGUCUUGUCUUCCUCUUUACUGCUUUAUUCUUUCUCAGAGGUCUGUGGUUUAAUAGAAAGUGAUUGAGCCCUGCAGAUCUAGGCUCAGUCACUUCAUGUCUGUCAGGCUGAUCUUGCACAGGUCUCUUAACCUCUCUGAGCCUCUGUUUCUCUAUUUGUAUAAAAUGGGAUGAAGUCAUAUGGAUCCUAAAACAUUGAAUUCUGAGUCCUGACUCAAUAAAAAAUAGUUUCCUCUACCCUUUUCUUAGCUCUCUAGAGCUCCUUUCUCUUUUAGUUUUCCCUCUAUCUCUGUAAUUUUUACUGCUAAUCCUCACCUUCUAGUUCCAACCCCUCUCCAGAAGUAGGUUCCCCACCCUCAGUCCCUCACUUACUUCCAUUUACCUCCUGUUCUGCAGGGUUCAUAAGGGUUGAGAAUCCUGAGGCUUAAAAGACUGACUGGGUUCAAGCUCUUUUCCUGUUUUCUGAGAGCCAGCUAGGGGCAAGAGUGGGCUGAGUGUUAGCAAAGCAUUAGAGUGCUCCAGUCUUCAGAGUCCGGAGCACUGCAACCUUCCCUAAAACUGGAUCAGUUCAUGGUUACUUCAGACAAUGGGGCUAGACUGAUCCCUAAAGAGAGUUCCUUUCCUGCAGAGCCUCUGUGAUGCCAACUAGAUGUACUUCCUAUAAAUUUCCCAAGACUCUUUCCUCUUUUUGUUUUCCUCAUUAUUUUUUAUUGUCUAUGAGAAUUGGAAGGCAAAGAACUGAUGAAUACUGUGGGUUCCUCCACUUCACUAUAUUAUUAGGGAGUUGGGAAGGAAAAACAGAGCAAAAGGGGAUCGAGAGGUGUCUGUAUUUCGUCUGUAUGCUGCUUGGCUCCCCUCCCCAAAUCCUCAUCCCUUUAGCCUCCUCCAGAACUGUGAACUGCAGAUCUUUCUCCUGUUUCCCCCUCUCACCACAUCAUUCCCAGAUCUUAGUGCUACCUGGUGCCAAGGUCACUUGGUUGGAAUGAGGAUGCUUGCUUUUGGUCUGUAUCAAUAUACAUACAUAUGUACAUAUAAAUAUAUACACAUAUAUAUGGAUGAGUAUAGCAUAAACAAUGUUCAUAGAUGAAUGAACUUAGAUGAACCCCCUCCCCCACUUUCCACUGCACUUUUGCUCUUUACACAAUGCCCUUAGGGAAGAAGGGACACAUGGAGGCAAGACAGAAUAGAAAUGAGUCCACUCCCCACUGGAUUUGGGGAGAUUCUGGCGGCUGGUCCGUGCUUUAGGAAAGAAGUCUAUGUUUGCAUUGGACUGUCUGUAGGGAGCUUUUUCCCAGGACGUGUGGAGUUCAAGGCUUGGGAAAUCCUACUGAUCUGGGUCCCAGUUCUCUUCCCUGUUCCAUAGUGGAGAGAAGAGGCUGGUUAGAGCUUCCUAUGGCCCCUUCCCCAUGCCUCCCUACUUCGCUUUGAAUAUAUGAGCAUUUCCCUCACAACGCCCCCCUUUCCAGGGUCUGUGUUCCUCUUCCUAAGG